AAUCGGGUCCGGAUUUGUUCCGUGCUGCCUCAUGGACGACGGACACACCAGAGAUCGAGUUACGGUUGCGCUGCCGGUGAGCAGCAUUAAUCGGUAUGUGGACAAGGCCUGCGAGACAAGUCGGUGCCUCAUCGAGGCCGAGGAUGUGUACUAUGCUGGCCACGUCGUUGAGUGCGCCGUUGAAACGGCCCACGGCGACCGCUACACAUUCCUGGCGUUUGUUUUACAAACAUCCGCAAUCUCUGGCGCCCCGCACGAGGUGAAAGUCGCCGUCUGCAGGUCGGAGGUCGACCAAGCCAGCUGCACGUGCAAGGCAGGAAACUACAAGUGCAAGCACAUUGUGGCUGUUUUACUUCACAUCAACGCUGCAAGAAAGUUCGAACAGCUAUCGCAACCGACCAGCCUCAGAAGUGGGGCAAAGUGCAAAAGGAGCGCGUCAUGA